AUGGCGGCGUUGAAAUUGGACACGAAGAUUUGCGACGCUGAGUCUCGUGUGGGACGACUGCUAGUCGACUUCUACGAGAAGUUAGAGCAACUAGACGUUGCGCACUUGCUGGAACAAGAGCCGAAGCAGUCGGUGAAUAUGUUGACGGCGGCCAUCCGUCCGUCUCAAUUGAAGGCGACUAUCGAAAGACAGUUGACUCAUGAAACGAAUAAGGCGUACAUGUUGGACGUGCGUUUGUUUUGUCGUUGGCUUGUGACCCUCAUGGACAACAUUAUGUUGUUCGAGUCACAAAUGCUGGUCGCGAAGAAGCAAGACCCGAUCUCGCCCAGACAUUAUGGCGAAAAGGCACGGUGA